UCUUCUGAAACUCACCUUCUGUCGCUCGCUUUCCCCUCCUUCUCUUGUUUGUUUGUUUGUUUGUUUUCGACGAGUCUAUACACGCAUACUUCAUAAUGUCUACGAUGGCUGUUUCCUGGGAUAAGCCGCAACACACCAAUCUUACGCUAUGGGAUAUUGAUCGCGAAUUUCAAGAUGCGCAUGAGGCGUACGAGCAAUGGCAAGCACGCCACCGUCGCACGCGGUCCAAGUGGGCGUGUUUUGGCACAAAGAACCGAGACGAUGCGGUCGGCAAAGCUCUAAGCCUGGGACGGCAGGUCCAGAGGAUCAUGGAACAAGGCAAAGAACGAUUUGGCGCACGGUUUGAGGAAGGCGACACAAAAUGCAAUACCAUCCUCUCUGCGCAACUCCUGCGAAUCCAGUACGAAAUUAGACAACCACUUUACGAAAGCGUUUUCUCCUCAACACCAAUAAUACCCAUCGACGAUAUAAUCAUGAUUGCUAAAAGUACCCGCCGCGCCUGUCUUACUGCGCUGCGCGAGCAAUACGCACGUCUCGAAUCACCGAUCCUAUCACCUGUUCUGCCUCCCCCGCGUUUCAAAGUGGAGUUCUGUCCUUUCGCAGACAAACUUCGGAAAGAUCUCAAGCAAUCCAAAUCGAGCACAUUGCGCGCAAAGAGGGCUUUCCCCCACGACAAGUACGAUGACCGGGAGAUCUGCCCGGAAUGCGAUGCAUGCAUCUCCGUCGCUUCUCACUCUGGACUCCCUGCGUACAGAUGUAUCCUCUUCACAUCACAUAUUGCCUUGGACCCAAUGGCGACCGACGACAAAGCGAAUUUCGCGUGUAAUAGCUGCUACAAAACCUUCGACGAUUCAUACGCCUUCCUCGACCACUUUUUCCAGAAGCAGAUCGGCAGUGAGAGGAGUUGCUUGCGACUGUCCGUACAAAGAAGCUCAAGCUGGUUCCUGAACGAGCAGUUCCUAGAGAGCGAUCCUUCAGUCGUUGAGCAGUGUCUAAAGAAUUGCAUAGCGAGAGAGACGAUGCGGGGCAGAGGCCACAAGAAGAUGAGGAGUCAGAUCACUAUACGACAAGUACAUUCGAGAGAAGGCGAUUGAAACUUUCAGAACGCGAUGCCACAGAACAACUUACGAACUACACCAUGAGUUGCGAUACAAAGACGACUACAUGCGAGGAACAUACACACAUCAGCAUCACUCGGGGUUACGACACGAACACGCCCAUUGCUAUUGCCAGCCACAUAUUCGAGUUCAAACGCCACGAUAGAGACCCUACACAUAGCGUCUGGCGCCCCGCAAACAUGUUCUGCUCAAAAGGCGAAGCCUUUAUAUGAAC